AUGGCGGAGGUACAACUCUUGGUUCUAGGCUCAGAAGGAGUUGGGAAAACCGUUAUGUUGAAAAGGCUGCAAACAAUAACCGCUCAGGAGAAUUUAGCCCAAGCACAACAGAAAGAAGAUUUGGGAGAAGCACCUUCAACCAUACCUACAAUUGGUGUAAAUCUAGUUACUUUGACACACAACAGAAAGAAGUACACUUUCAGAGAACUUGGAGGAGCUAUGGGACCAGUUUGGAAUAACUAUUUUAAAGAUGCGAACUGUGUAGUUUACCUUAUCGACACAGCAAAAAGGACCCAAAUUGCCUCUUCCUGCAUUCAGCUUUUGGAAAUGCUGUCAUCAAAGGAAACACAAGAUAUGCCAAUUCUGUUGAUUUUUAACAAGCUUGAUUCACCAGACUGUAUGAAUAUGAGUGAAAUAACUGCCUUAAUAAGACUACCAGAUAUAAUAGCGAGUGCUAGACAGGACAUAACUGUUUUAGAGUGUAGUUUCCGAGAAGGAACAGGAUUGCACGAGAUUUUAAAGUGGUUGCAAGAAAAAUGCUCUGCGCUUUAUGGUGUGAAAUAG